UCCGACGACGAGAUUGCCGAGCUCGAAGGAGCCCUGUCGGCUGGCGAGGACGACGAUUCAGAAGCUGAAGACGCCGAGCCAGAGCACGAUUCCGAAGACGGACUGGAAGACGGUAGGGAUGACCACGCAUCUGACGACGACGAUGAGCCAGAGGAGGACGAUGCUCUACACAGCGAUCAUGUGCCGUCCGACGAAGACGAGUCCUCUCGCAAGAUCCCAUCGUUGAAGCCAGGUCAGGUGCCUGGACUUGAUCCAGAUGACCUGGACGAUGGGGAUGAGGACCUGCGAAACUAUAGGGUCGAGACCGAUGCCCUCGGCAACGAGAAGUAUGUCUAUGACGAGAUCGAUCCCGUGUACGAUUCCGACGACACGGACGCCAAUGAGCCCGUCAAUACCAUUGGGAACAUCAGCUUGAAGUUCUACGACUCCUUCCCACACAUCGGCUACGACAUCAACGGCAAGAAGAUCAUGCGUCCCGCCGCGGGCGAAGCUCUGGAUGCCCUUCUCGACAGUAUCGAGGUGCCUAAGGGGUGGACUGGCCUUACGGAUCCUACGACCGGAAAGCCUCUGAAGCUCAGCCAGGACGAGCUGGAGCUCAUCAAGAAGAUCCAGAUGAACGAGCUCCCCCAGGAUGGGUUCGAUCCAUAUCCCGAAACUGUCGAAUGGUUCACCAGCCAUGAGGAGAUCAUGCCGCUGAGUGCGGCUCCCGAACCCAAGCGCCGAUUCCUCCCCUCCAAGAACGAACAGAAACGCAUCAUGAAACUGGUCCGUGCCAUCAGGGAGGGCAGAAUAUUACCAUACAAGGAACCGGAGGAGCGUGAGAAGGAAGAGGACGAGCAGGAUGAGGUCCACUACGAUCUGUGGAAGGACGAGCAGCCCAGAGACCCUCAUGUCAUGCACAUCCCUGCGCCGAAACUCGCACCCCCCGGGUACGACCUCAGCUACAACCCGCCGCCAGAGUAUCUACCGACCGAGGAGGAGAGGAAGGCCUGGGUAGAGCAGGACCCAGAGGAUCGCGAGAAGGAAUACCUGCCCAAGAAGUUCGACUCGUUACGAAAAGUGCCAGGAUACGACCUGUUCGUCAAGGAGCGGUUCGAGCGCAGCCUGGACCUGUACCUUGCCCCCCGUGUGCGGAAAAACAAGCUCAACAUCGACCCCAGCUCGCUCCUCCCCAAACUGCCCAGACCCGAGGAUCUCAAGCCUUUCCCAACCGUGUGCCAGACGAUCUUCCGCGGCCACGAGGGUCGUGUGCGGAGUCUUGCGGUCGAUCCGAGCGGUUGCUGGCUGGCGACUGGUGGCGACGACGGUACAGCACGUGUGUGGGAGAUCUUGACAGGGCGACAGGUUUGGAGUGUGAGGCUCAGCAGUGAUGAGGCUGUGAAUGUGGUCCGGUGGCGGCCGGCCAAGGAUGCAUUCAUACUGGCUGCAGGUGCUGAGGAGGACAUCUACCUGAUGGUUCCUCCUAUGGUGGAUCCACAGAUGGAGCAGACAAGCAGGGAGAUCUUGGAUGUAGGGUUUGGAUAUGCUGCUAGCGGCAAGGCUACCAACCCUGCCGUCGACAAGACCAAGGAGCCAGCGGCCAAGUGGGCACGGCCAGGCUCCAAGCUAGAGGACGAGGGAGUCCUGCUCAGGAUUACUGUUCGGUCCGCGGUCAAGGGCAUCAGCUGGCACAGACGCGGCGACCACUUCUGUACCGUCUCCCCCACGGGCCAGCGGAGCUCUGUUGCCAUCCACACACUCUCGAAACACCUCACCCAGAUCCCCUUCCGCAAACUGGCCGGCCUCGCACAAGCCGCCCACUUCCACCCGUCACGCCCCUUGUUCUUUGUGGCCACGCAGCGCAUGAUCCGCUGCUACGACCUGCAGAAGCUCGAGCUGGUCAAGGUGCUCCAGCCGGGCGCGCGGUGGAUCUCAUCCUUUGACAUCCACCCCGGCGGAGACAAUCUUCUCUGUGGCAGUUAUGACAGGAGGCUUCUUUGGCACGACAUGGAGCUGUCGAUGCGACCAUACAAGACGAUGCGGUUCCACGCCAAGGCCAUCCGCGCCGUCAGGUAUCACAAGGACCUCCCGCUGUUUGCAGACGCCUCGGACGAUGGCUCGCUGCAGAUCUUCCACGGGAAGGUGGUGACCGAUCUCAUGGAGAACGCGACGAUCGUGCCUCUCAAGACGCUGAGUGGUCACAAGGUGGUCAGCUCGCUCGGUGUCAUGGAUGUUGACUGGCACCCCCGGGAGCCUUGGCUGUUCUCGGCCGGAAGUGAUGGAACCGCAAGGCUGUGGAUGUAGAUCAUUUAUUCCAAGAUGUAUCAAAAGGAAUAGCAGCGAAUAGUGAGAGAGAUACCAAUCGAUAAAAGUCUAAUGUUU